AUGUGGAUGAGGGAUGUGGUUUACGUGGACUUCUUCAGUAAGGCCUUUGACAAAGUCUCACAUGGAAGGCUGGUCCAACAGGUAGAAGCCAUGGGAUCUGAGGCAAAUUGGGAAACUGGAUCCAAACUUGGCUUGCAAAGGCUCCCGCUUACAGUGGGGGGAGGCGCGAUCCGGGGCCCGCGUCACUUCCGGCGGGCGGUUGGCGGUUUGAACGGAGCGCGCGCGGCGGGGCGGUUACGCUUCACCACCACCCAUCCCCCCGCUACCAAUCCCGCCAGGCUGGCGGCCCCGGCUCCCUCCCCAUCCCCCUCCCCGGCGGUGGGCGGCCGCAAACACCGGGUCUGCAUGGUGUCGGAUUUCUUCUACCCGAACAUGGGCGGGGUGGAGAGCCACAUCUACCAGCUGUCGCAGUGCCUGAUCGAGCGGGGCCACAAGGUGAUUGUGCUGAGCCACGCGUACGGCGCCCGCCGCGGGGUCCGCUACCUCAGCCACGGCCUCAAGGUCUACUACCUGCCGCUGCGGGUCAUGUACAACCAGUCGACGGCCAGCACACUCUUCCACAGCCUGCCGCUGGUGCGCUGGGUGCUGGUGCGCGAGCGCGUCGGCCUGGUGCACGCGCACAGCUCCUUCUCGGCGCUCGCGCACGACGCGCUCUUCCACGCGCGCGCCCUGGGCCUGCGCACCGUCUUCACCGACCACUCGCUGUUCGGCUUCGCCGACGUGAGCUCGGUGCUCACCAACAAGCUGCUGACCGUGUCGCUGUGCGACACCAACCACAUCGGUUAUGAGGAAAGCAAGAGUGCAAUGGGCUCAACUGUGUUUCUCAUCAGCAGAAACAGCACAGACUGGGCUGAAUGGCUUCUGUGCUGUGUUGUGGCCUUGAUUCUGAAAGGAAUUGAUUUGCUUGCUGGUAUAAUUCCUGAAUUGUGCAUGAAGUAUCCCGAUUUGCAUUUUCUCAUUGGUGGUGAGGGACCCAAACGAAUUGUGUUGGAAGAAGUCAGGGAAAAAUACCAGCUUCAUGAGAGAGUACGUCUUUUGGGCGCUCUUGAGCAUAAAGAUGUGAGAAAUGUUUUGGUGCAGGGUCACAUUUUCCUCAACACUUCUCUGACUGAGGCCUUUUGUAUGGCAAUAGUUGAGGGAGCAAGUUGUGGUCUCCAGGUUGUCAGUACCAAAGUUGGUGGAGUGCCAGAGGUUCUACCUGAGGAUCUUAUCAUUUUAUGUGAGCCCACUGUUAAGUCUCUGUGUGAAGGAUUGGAAGCAGCCAUUACUAAGCACCACCAAGGGGUACUGCCAUCAGCUGAAACAAUCCACGACAGAGUGAAGAAUUUGUACACAUGGAGGAAUGUGGCUGAACGCACUGAAAAGGUUUAUGACCGUGUGGCCAAAGAGGGGAUACUGUCGAUGAACAAACGACUGUACAGAUUGAUGACCCACUGUGGUCCUGUGGCUGGUUGCAUUUUUGCUUUAGUUGCUGUUUUGGACUUUCUUUUCUUGUUGCUUUUGAGAUGUAUAGUUCCAGAUGCUAUGAUUGACAUUGCUGUAGAUGCCACAGGUGUAAAUGGAGCUUGGAAGCAACAAGUGGGACAGUCAACUGUUGAGAAGAUUAGGAAAACUCUGCCUUUCUCUGAAAGGAAUGACUGCAAUGUACAAACCUGAUGCCUUGAUUUAUAGCAGCUUUUGGACUCAUGAUUUGAAUCCUUGAGGAUUAUCAAAUUUUAUCAAGUUUUUCUGUUUUGUAUGACUGAGUGACUUCAUCUCAUUAUUUUGUUACCUUCUUAAGUAGCCAUUAUGAACUUCAACUGCAUAAAAUCAGAAUAUGAUUAAUUGGAUAAAAUCUUAACAGAUAUGAGUUAAA